GAUUAUUUCCAGAAACACACCACCCACGGUUGCUUCAGACGCUGUUGAAGGACUCAAGUAUUCUGGCAACAUUUCUGACACGCCUCAUCAACUUUUUGAUCUUCCAGAAGGGCGUUGGAGAAGUAUUUGGUCCCUACACUCAGCCCACAGACGCAGAGUUCUGGGACAUGUGGACAAGUUUACGCCACAAUGACGGAAACCUGGUUUUGGACAGUAUUCUCCAGUACAUCAAUCAGAGAUUUCAACAUAGAGAUCGAUGGGUGGGAGCACUCACAUCCACGCACGCUCCACUGCACUUGAUCUACGGACCCCUGGACCCUGUAAACCCCCAUCCACAGUUCAUCCGUCUUUAUAUGCAUUUGGUGAAAAGGUCAACAGUCACCAUUCUGGACGACCACAUCAGUCACUACCCACAGCUGGAGGAUCCCACCGGUUUCCUAAAGGCUUACUUCAAUUUCAUUCACUCUUUCUAACCAGAUCGCAAACACAUGCCUGCUGUCAGGUAUGAAAAUCAGAUGAAAAAAUAACUUUAAAAUUAUUUCUAACUACCAAUUGAGAAGGUUGACUCUGAGGAAAGCAAAUCAUUAUUUUUAAACCCUAUGCGAUAAAUUACUGUCAUAGAGAGCAUAUCUGUUGAACGGUAACACUUUAUUUGAAGGGGGUUGAAUAAGCCUUCAUGAAUAUUUGACUGUUGUCAUGAAGCGUC